UUGAGUACUGGUCGCGCAGGGCCGGGCUCCGCCGGAGUGCCCGGCGCAGAAACCGUAAAAGGCUGGAGCGGGCGGGGUAGGUGUGGCUCUGCCUGCGUGACCUGAGCCCCGGUCCCAGUCCCUGUCGUCUCCUGCGGCCGCGGCCUCUCAGCCAUGGGCGCCGUCUGGUCCGCCCUGCUGGUUGGAGGGGGUCUGGCCGGAGCACUUUUCGUUUGGCUGCUGCGGGGCGGCCCUGGCGACACCGGGAAGGACGGGGAUGCGGAGCAGGAGAAAGACGCCCCUCUUGGGGGAGCUGCGAUUCCGGGAGGCCAUCAGAGUGGCAGCGGCGGACUGAGCCCUGGACCUUCCGGGCAGGAGCUGGUCACCAAACCAGAGCAUCUUCAAGAAAGCAAUGGACAUUUGAUUUCUAAGACCAAAGACCUUGGAAACCUGCAAGCAGCAUCAUGGAGAUUGCAGAAUCCUUCCAGGGAAGUGUGUGACAAUUCAAGAGAACAUGUUCCUUCUGGACAGUUUCCAGACACAGAAGCUCCAGCUACCUCUGAGACCAGUAACUCUAGGAGUUACUCUGAAGUUUCAAGAAAUGAAAGCCUUGAAUCUCCUAUGGGAGAAUGGGGAUUCCAAAAAGGACAAGAGAUAUCUGCUAAAGCAGCUACAUGUUUUGCAGAGAAGUUGCCUUCCAGCAACCUGCUCAUGAACAGAGCUAAAGAAGAAAUGAGCCUCUCUCAUUUGAACAGUCAGGACCGGGUUGACCACGAGGAGUGGGAAAUGGUGUCUAGGCACUCAUCUUGGGGGGAUGUUGGUGUGGGUGGCAGUCUUAAGGCUCCAGUGUUAAGCCUUAACCAGGGAAUGGACAAUGGAAGAAGCACUCUGGUGGAAGCAAGAGGUCAGCAAGUGCAUGGGAAAACAGAAAGGGUAGCAGUGAUGCCUGCAGGGUCUCAGCAAGUUAGUGUCAGGUUCCAGGUCCAUUAUGUCACAAGCACUGAUGUGCAAUUCAUUGCAGUAACUGGAGACCAUGAGUGUCUUGGGAGAUGGAACACUUACAUCCCACUCCACUAUAACAAGGAUGGGUUCUGGUCUCAUUCCAUUUUCCUGCCUGCAGAUACAGUGGUGGAGUGGAAGUUUGUGUUGGUAGAGAAUGGGGGAGUUACCCGCUGGGAAGAAUGCAGCAACAGAUUCCUAGAAACUGGCCAUGAGGAUAAAGUGGUUCACGCAUGGUGGGGGAUUCAUUGAUUCAGUUUGCAAAGUAAUGGAGAAGCUGCAGAACAAUGUGGAAGAGGCUGAGGUUGUGGAACACACUGAAUAAAAUAAAGGCAGUGUGACUCCAAAUUCAGCCAUCUGAAUUGUUUCAAAUUUGCUAGUGGAUUUUGUCUAAUAUGCAGAAAUAUAGAUGUGUGUGUGUGUGUAUAUAUAUGCACACACACACAGAUAAUGCUUCCAGUGGAUGUGAACUUUUUUUCCCUGUGGCACUGAUUGACGGACUUGUGCUGAUCCAUUAUUACUUUAGGGCUUGAUUCUCUUGGGGAGUGAGUUGGCUAAGCUUCAGGUGUGAACUGUGGUCAGGGAGCAAAAACAUUAACCAGCUGCCCAGGGUUCAAGCUUGAGCCUUUAGGUGAUCUUUAAACUAUGGUAGCAAAAUAAGCCUCACUCAAACAUAGCUGACUUCCUAUUGGUACAGCUUGAAAAGCACUUUUUACUACAUACACAUUUUAUGCUUAAAAAGUUAACAUGAUACAAAACUGUGAUUAGAAAAUAUCUGGCCUGGAUGUGAUUAGUAAGGAUACAAGAUAAUGCUCUAAGACUGCCUAAUGCUUUUUGUUUGAUCUUCAUCUGCCAGGUGUGGUUAUGUGCCAUGAGGGUAGCAAGUAUGUCUUUGUCUUAAUGAUCUAAGGCUGGUGUAGAAACAAGGGGCCUAAUGAGAACCACUCAUUAUGGAAGUCAGUCGAGGGGGCAAGCCCAUAAGGAAAGGGAACGUGAGUGGGGUUGGGUGUAGGCUGAAUGAGGUGGCCUGAAUGACACCUCUUAGAGGACCGUGAAGUACAGGCACGGCCUGACUGCAGGGAGGGACGCACCCAUCAUUUACCCAUGGGAGCAUCUGUAGGACCAUCUCUCUCCCACUUCUUCUCCCCUCCCCCACUGCAUCUGGCCAGAUGGACUGUCCUACAGCAAUCGUUUCCAUCUGUCACCCUCUUCCCUCUCCUUUCAUACCAGUCACUAUCUUGGGUAACAAAUUUAUACAGGACAGUGGCAUAGAAAUACAUCGUUGCUCUGAGAAUAAGGCAAAUAUUAACUUUAAAUUAUUAUAACUGAACAAAUAAUAAAACCUGAAUUUUAAUAUCUUCA